UGGCAAGACCAGUUAGUGAACUAUGAGUGACUCUUCUUCAGAAAAAAAGGGUAACUUGACAAAGAACACAGAAAAGCCCAAAUUGUCAAAACUGGAAACCACAGGUGCUCCUAAAACGAUACCUCCAGAACACUUUCCGGUUUCCAACAACGAAGCAACUUCUGGACAAUCUACUCAGACAACCACAGUUCCUAGUCAUAGAAGAAAAUUGUCUUCAGCUUCUGGUGGAAGUGCCAAUUCCUUAUUACUUAGAGCAGGUGUUCCUAGGAUGGAAGGACACCUGUGGAAGUGGACUAAUUACUUGAAGGGCUGGCAACGAAGACUAUUUGUUUUAGAGAAUGGAGUGCUUUCAUACUUUGCUGAAAGGUCUACUCCUCUUCCAGAAAAUGUUUCUCCCGAUAAAAAUGAAGGAGUGGAUAGCAGUAACUUGACUAUAUGCAAAGGGAGAAUUAAUUUGCAGUUGGCAGUGAUCACCCCUCACGACACUGACCCUACUCGUUUUGCUAUCGACGUGGACACCAGAAUUUAUCACUUGCGUGCAGACUCUAAGGAGUUACGAAACCAAUGGGUGGAUGCGCUGUGCAAGAGCAAAUCAUACUUUGAACAAUUGGUCAACAGAGCAGCUAUGAGAUUGCAAGUUAAAAGUGCUAAUAACGAAGAAAAGACGAAAAAGCCAGAGUCUGCUAUAGGAAAAUCCACUUUGGGGUCGAAGGAACCACCUCCAACCACAAAACAAUCAGAUCAAGCUGCGACUACUCGUGAAUUAGCUGUGGGUCAACUAUCAUUGCAGGAUGACUUUGAUGAAGCAACAAAAUCGAGAAACGGAUUGUUAGCAGAACUGGGUAGAGUACAGAGUCGUCUUCGUUCCUUGGAUUCUAAGACAAUAUCUACUGCCGAAAGUUUUCUGAAAAAGUUGGAAGAAAUUUUUUCCCCCGAUUCUGCCAAUUCUAAUGCGAUAGCUUUGCAUACAGAAAGUACUUCAACUUCUUCUACUGUGACAAACACGUUGCAAGGCUUGACGGAUACCAUUAAUUGGGCUAUUCAUGUAUUGACGACUGAUGAAGGUUUAUGGUUGCGGCGCUUGGCUGUAGAAAAAGAACGACGAAUGCAUGUGGAGACUAUGUUAGAUACUCAAAAUCGCACUACAUUGGAACAAAAGGAAGUUGGUUCUCAUCAAAAUCUUGCCAGAACAGUUUCAGUAUUUGAACAUGACUUGGAUGAAGACGAUGGCACUGAGUUUUUUGACGCUAUUGGAGAUAGUGUUCGCUCUUCCAUGGAUUUGUUAUCUCCUUCACUUGCAACAAGUGAACCCGACGAAGAUAAUGAUGCAAUAUUCAGUCCUCGAACUUCAUCGGGAACUUUACAACGAAGAACCAAAUUGCCUCAACCCAAAGAACUGAUGCAAAAGCCUUCAUUUUGGUCCGUUUUGAAAGAUUCGAUAGGAAAAGAUCUUUCUAAGAUAUCCAUGCCAGUAACAUUUAACGAGCCUUUAUCUUUUUUACAAAGAAUGGCUGAGGACAUUGAAUAUAGCGAAUUACUGGAUAAAGCUGUUACUUUAGAGAAUGAGUUUGAUCGAUUGCUACACGUGAGUGCCUUGGCUGUAAGUCAUUAUAGCUCAACUGUGGGUCGAACAGGAAAACCAUUCAAUCCAAUUUUAGGCGAAACUUAUGAAUUGUUUCUUCCAGAGAAGAACUUGCGCUUUGUGAGUGAACAAGUGAGUCAUCAUCCACCCAUUAGUGCAUCUCAUGCGGAAGGUGGAAAUAAUGAAUGGGUGUAUUCAGCUGUUCAUUUAGUAGCCAACAAGUUCUGGGGAAAGUCUAUUGAAGUAUUUCCUACUGGGACAGUUCAUGUUUUUCUUUCCAAGUACGGUGAUCAUAUAACUUACGAAAAAGCUACUACAUGUGCUCACAAUAUUGUUAUUGGCAAUGUAUGGAUCGAUAAUUAUGGAGAAAUGGUAUUAACCAAUCAUCGAACUGGUUCCUAUGCAGUUGUCAAGUUAAAGAAGACUGGUUGGUUGAGUGACAUGCGUUCGUAUGGAGAAGUGAAAUGUGUUGUUCAUGAUAAAAGUGGAAAUCCUCAAAGGAAAAUGAGUGGUUCCUGGCUAAGUCACUUAGAAGAAGAACUUCCAAAUGGUGAAAAGCGUUUGAUAUGGCGAGCUGCUAAGAGGCCACCUCCAGAAGACUCUGCUGGCUUUAAUUUCACUUGUUUUGCUAUUACUUUGAAUGAACUUACGCCAAAUAUUGAAGAAAAGAUUCCGCCGACGGAUUCUAGAAGGAGACCUGAUCAACGUGCCUUGGAAGAGUCUCGUUUUACGGAUGCAGCCAACGAGAAACAACGGUUAGAAGAGAAACAAAGAACUUCAAGAAAGAUGAGAGAGUCGCGAGGUGAAGAACACGUACCGUUAUGGUUUGAAUGGAAGUAUGACGAGACAACUGAAAAGAAUGAUUGGAAAUUCAAUGGAAAGUAUUAUAUUCAUCGUAAAGAAAAGAAGUGGGAUAUGUGUCCGGAUAUAUUCUAAAAAGUCGAUCAGAAUUGGGAAAUUCUAUCGAGCAAAUCAUCUGAUAAGAAAUGAGUCUUUCCUGAUGGGCAUUCGCUCUCCGUCUCCUUCUUUCUUUCUGCUUGUUUGUAUAAAAAGUUUGCUUUUCUCCAAUCAACAAUAGAGCCAAUAGGACAAUCGAAAGGCUGUUCACAUUUUGUCCAAUUCGAUAUGGUUUGUUCAUUGGUUACUUGAAAUGGUUGGAAAUGGUUCUCGUCACAAGAUGUUGUAUCAUGUAAUACCAUUUCCUCUUUUUCCAUACAAUACAAUAGCAGACCCCACGAAGACUUACAAGUUGACACCAUUUUGCAAGUUUCCAACCACGAACUCACUGAAGCUGUAGUAGUAGUAUCCAACCCUAUUGAGAACUCAUUCAUCUUCUUCAAAUAUAUAUGAAUAGAAAAUUCUAUCAAUUGGUUCAACCAUUUCAGUUCCAUUUCAAAUAACCAUUGUCGCAUUUCUACAACUAUGCAUCUCAACCAACCAAAUAUCAACGAUAUUCGCUUUGUUUGGUUCGUCGCCAAUAAUUUCCAUCCUCUCACGAAGAGAUACCAAUAUAGCCUUGUUACAAAGAAUGGCCAUCUUUGUUGGAAUACUAGCAAAGCGUCAUUCCAACGCUUCCAAAUAGCUUCUACGGAAGCAUUCCAUUGGU